AUGGUUCAUACAAAGCAGACUGCCCACAGAUCAACCAGUGGUACAGCACCGAGAAAACAACUGGCUACCAAAGCCACUCUCGAGAGUGUGCCCUCUACUGGAGGGGUGAAGAAACCUCUUCGUUACAGACCUGGUACUGUGGCACUUCAUGAAGUUAGACAUUAUCAGAAGUCCACUGAAAUUCUGAUUUGCAAACUUCCCUUUCAGUGUCUGGUGCGAGAAAUUGCUCAGGACUUCAAAGCAGAUUUGCACUUCCAGAGUGCAGCUACUGGUGCUUCGCAGGAAGCAAGUGAAGCCUAUCUGAUUGGUCUUUUUGAAGACACCAGCCUGUGUGCUGUCCACGCAAAACGUGUAACAAUUAUGCCAAAAGACAUCCUGCUAGCACGCCGCAUAUGUGGAGAACAUGCUUAA